AUUCACAAAAUGGCUUGUAAGUUCUAUGUUUCCUUAUUCUUCUUCUUUUUUGGACUGGCUACAUUGGCAACUCUUGGGCAUGCUCGAACAACUCCUGGUUUUGAUGCUUGCAGGAAUUCAAAACCCCUGACUUUGAACUUCUAUGGGCAGAUCAUUCUGGAAGGGGAAAGAUCAUGCAGAACGAGCAUCUCAAAGGAUGGAAAAACUUAUGCAUUCAGCUGCAAGCUCACCACUGGUACUGCCUACGACUCAUAUCAGAUUGGAGUUAUAGAAGGCGUGGUUUCAAGGGUGGUUUAUGAAUCUGGGAGUACUCGUGACUUUAUCACUGAUACUUUCACCAUCGAGCUGAAGGAUGGACCAGAGCUAUUCACCUUCAACUCCAAAGGUGUUAUUAAUAUUCAGAAAGAAAAGAACGUGUUUCCAGUGAACGGUGGUAUUUUUGGGGAGGACACAAUCGUCGGCAGGUUUGUGCAAGAAGUGAUUUAUUCUCCUCCAAGUCUUUUGUUGAAGAUCACUGCUACUCUCUACAUCAUGCCAUACUCAUGUGGCUCAAUCUCCAUGAAGGUUGAGUAAAAUGCGCAUGCUGCCCCCUAUCCUUGCAGAUCCAAUCUCAAUAGAGAUUGAGAUAAUAAUAAGUCUUCACCAGUAAGUGUUCAA